GCACGUCUAUUAUGUUCAUCUCUUACUGAUGUACAUGGCGUAUUCUGCUUUCCUGAAGUUAUUGUUUGCAGCUACUGUUUGGUGUAUUGCAUACGCAGCUGUGGCAGUUGUAGGGUUACUUUGAUUUUUCAAUUUUGCCCAUAUUUCUACAGUGAACUAUUAAAGCAAAUUGGAUAGCUACCAUGGGUUAUGCACAGCUGGUUAUUGGUCCUGCGGGCAGUGGAAAGUCGACUUACUGUUCUAGCUUAUUCAAACAUUGUGAAACUGUUGGACGGAGAAUCCAUGUUGUGAACCUAGAUCCAGCAGCAGAAAAUUUUGACUAUCCUGUGGCCAUGGAUGUAAGGGAGCUCAUUUCUUUGGACGAUGUUAUGGAAGAACUUGGUUUAGGUCCAAAUGGUGGCCUUAUUUACUGCAUGGAACACCUUGAAGAAAAUUUGGAUGACUGGUUUGAAGAAGAAUUGGACAAUUACACGGAUGAUGACUAUCUGGUUUUUGACUGCCCAGGCCAGAUAGAACUCUUUUCGCAUGUUCCCAUGCUUCGAAACUUUGUGGACCAUUUGAGACGAAAGAACUUCAAUGUUUGUGCUGUAUACUUGCUUGAUUCACAGUUCAUGACGGAUGUGACCAAAUUCAUUAGUGGAUGCAUGGCGUCACUUUCAGCAAUGGUUCAGCUAGAAUUGCCUCAUGUCAAUAUCCUCACCAAAAUGGACCUUGUUACAAAGAAGAAGGAUAUUGAAGACUACCUAAAUCCAGAACCACGAGUUCUACUGUCACAGUUGAAUCAACAAAUGGCUCCUCAGUUUGAAAAGCUAAAUAAGGCUUUGAUUGAAUUGGUUGAUGAAUAUAGCAUGGUCAACUUUGUGCCUCUCGACCUGAGAAAGGAAAGCAGUAUACAGUAUGUAUUGUCAGAGAUUGACAACUGCAUACAGUGGGGAGAAGAUGCCGAUGUGAAGAUCAAGGAUUUUGAUCCAGAUGAGGACGAUUGAUGUCUUUCUGAUACUUAGGUGGCUUGGAUGAUUUAGCUGCUUAACAAGUGAUUAGGCCAUCCCAGGAAGAUAUCCACUACACAAUCUAAUUUGCGUUUCCUCUCCUUCAAUGAAUCUUUUUGGC